ACCAGUGACCAACACCACUGACCUUCAAGUAACCGAGGAGAGCUUGGACCUUUCUCUUAAGGUGCUCAUCGCCACAGCGACCUUCGUUGCUAUGUUAGGAGAGUUUUCUUUCUUCACCAUCGCAUGGAUCUUCUGGAGGAAGGCAAGAUCAAUGGCGGCGAUCAGGUAGGGGCCCCAGCGAGCGCUUUUAAUUGUAUAUGUUUUGUAGUUCGAAAUAUUCAGUUAACACAAUCUUCGUAAGUACAAGAUAAUUUACUGACCAAUCUCUCCAUCAAAGCUUACACGCGUGAAGAACUUAACGUUUUUUUUAAAGCUGCAUGUCUUGCAAACUACAUGGUAGAAAUUUCGUAAUAUUUGCUUAGUAUGUUCAUAACGUAUAAUGUCCUAUUUGAUGUUAACAGCAUCAGUGAGGUAUUAUAGACAUCGAAUAUGCAACAUGAUGUAACCAUUACGAUUGUUCAUGGUUUAAUCCGUUUAAAAAAAAAAAAAAAACAAAGAAAAAGGUUGGAAUCAGCAAAAACAACCACAAAGAAAAAAAAAACAAAAAAAAAUAGGUAUUAUAGACAUCGAAUAUGCAACAUGAUGUAACCAUUACGAUUGUUCAUGGUUUAAUCCGUUUAAAAAAAAAAAAAAAACAGAGAAGAAGGUUUGAAUCAGCAAUGACCACCUCUAAGGAAAUGACGUCAGAAAAAAACACCGAUGCUCUGAAAAAUGGGGCAGUUCAAAUAUGGAUCUAGAUUUGAGACAAACCAGACGCCCCCCAAAAUGAUGUGGUUAGACAGAAUCCUUCAAGACAAAUGUUUCUAACAUAAAACAAUAGCACUUGGGCAUUUGUGGCUUUCUAUAUGAUAUCCAGCAAUUCCGUUCCUUGACUCUUGGUAUUUUGAGCAAACACUUUUAAGACAGGACUUUGAGAAUCGUGAUUCACGGGAUAGACAUAUAUAGAUAUGGUUCGGACUUAUUAGAACUAAAAUAUUGAGAGAAAUUAUUCCAAGAGAAAUAAAAGAAGACUUUUUAGUUUCAAACAAUUGAGUUUGUCGCUGACAGAUUUUUUUUCCAAAUGCUGUGAAUAAUUAAGAACAUUGACAUAGUCCGGUAAACAUAAAAAGUAAUAAUAGUAUGAACAAAUUUCAAAAUUAACGUUGAUAAACUGAACGAGACAUUUUUACCACCUUUGACGAUAAAAACUCCCAAUUGUUUUCUGUUUCAUUAGCUCCCAUGUCCCCUUCUAUAUUUUUAAUAACACCAUACAGUUUCCUUCGCAGCGUUAAGACUUUUCAGCUGAUAGAUUAUGUUAUUUUUUGACAACCACGAAAUUAGCAAAAUACGAGCCACGAUAAGCAGUUAUGAGAUCGGCUAAAGCAAAUUCAACUGUUAUGUUAAAAAAUUAUUUUAUUCCCCUGCCUUAAUAUUUGAUACAUUAGUUUAUAAACAUUCACAUAAUAACAUUGGGACUCUAUUUAUCUAAUGUCCCCUGUAGUCACAUGAGUUUCACUGCUCAGCGCCACUGCUCAGCCUCUUGAAAAUUAAGAUCCAAUACGAUUAUGACGACCUGGGUAUAGAACAUCAUAAGUCUCGUACAUUUUAAUUUCAAAAAGGCCAGCAACCCAUAACGCGCCAACCCUAAGGGCGGAAGGGCCGUGACUCAAUCUUUGUUGAAAUGUUCAAAGGCUACAAACUAGAAUCAUGUAUCCAAGAGUUUCCCAAACUUUAGAAGACCUUUUUAACAUCGAAACGUAGGAGAAUCUAGUUACAGAGCUUCUUAUUAAAUGAUCACUUCCAAGCCCAUUUGAUGAUGGUAACAUUAACUUUGAGCCUCAACUUCAUUUCUUUAUUGCACUACGGCAUCUAUCCAUUGAUGUGGCAAAACCUAUGUCAGAAAAGCAGCCAUUUCUUUCUUCAUAUUAUAUUUUGACACGGGAUAAAAGUGUGUCUUACGAUAUUUUAAAUAUGUUGGAACGUUACGAUACUGAAGAAAGGCCAUUUAAUUUUGGAGCAAUCUAUACCCCCACACCCGAUCCAGAGAAAGCCAUGUGACCGGCCUUCGUUUAAAAAAAAAGGAGAUGGCCUACCUCGUUCCUAAAAAAAAAGCCGCGAAACUUUUUUAAAAAAGUUGAACUCGUCUCCUGAUGUAACUUUUAAUCAUUAAGUAUCGAAAUAUGUAUCUUUGAAUCAUUAAGUAUGGAAAUAUGUAUCUUUGAAUCAUUAAGUAUGGAAAUAUGUAUCUUUGAAUCAUUAAGUAUCGAAAUAUGUAUCUUUGAAUCAUUAAGUAUGGAAAUAUGUAUCUUUGAAUCAUUAAGUAUGGAAAUAUGUAUCUUUGAAUCAUUAAGUAUGGAAAUAUGUAUCUUUGAAUCAUUAAGUAUGGAAAUAUGUAUCUUUGAAUCAUUAAGUAUGGAAAUAUGUAUCUUUGAAUCAUUUAGUAUGGAAAUAUGUAUCUUUGAAUCAUUAAGUAUGGAAAUAUGUAUCUUUGAAUCAUUAAGUAUGGAAAUAUGUAUCUUUGAAUCAUUAAGUAUGGAAAUAUGUAUCUUUGAAUCAUUAAGUAUCGAAAUAUGUACAUUUGAAUCAUUAAGUAUUGAAAUAUGUACUUUUCAAUCAUUAAGAAUCGAAAUAUGCAUAUUUCAAUGAUUAAUUAUCAAACUAUGUACCUUUCAGCCAUUAGUAUCGAAAUAUGUACCUUUCAAACAUUAAGUAUCGAAAAAUGUACCUUUCAAUCAUUAAGUAUCGAACUAUGUACCAUUCAACCACUAAAUAUCGACAUAUGUACCUUACAACCAUAAAUAUCUAAAAAUGUACCUUUCAAAAAUUAAUUAUCGAAAUAUGUACCUUUCAACAAUUAAGUACCGAUAACAAAAUAUGUACCUUUCAAUCAUUAUUUAUCGAAAUAUGUACCUUUCAAUCACUAUUUAUCGAAAUAUGCACUCUUCAACCAUUAAGUAUCGAAACAUGUUCCUUUCAACUAUAAAUAUCAAAAUAUGUUCCUUUAAAUAAAUUAGUAUCGAAAUAUGUACCUUUUAAUCAUUAAGUAUCGAAAUAUGUAACUUUCAAUCAUUAAGUAUCAACAUAUUUACCUUUUAACCACAAAGUAUCGAAAUAUGUACCUUUCAGCCAUUAAGUAUCGAAAUUUGUACCUUUCAACUAUAAAUAUCCAAAUAAGUAUCUGCAAUCAUUAUUUUUUCGAAAGAUGUACCUUUCAAUCAUUGAGUAUCGAAAUAUGUACCUUUCAACAAUUUCAUAUCGAAAUAAGUACCUUUCAACUAAUAAGUAUCGAAAUAUGUACCUUUCAAUCAUUAAGUGUCGAAAUAUGUACCUUCAAUAAUUAAGUAUCGAAAUAUGUACAUUUCAAUCAUUAAUUAACGAAAUUUAUACCUUUCAAUCAUUAAUUAGCGAAAUAUGUACCUUUCAAACAUUGAAUAUUGAAAUAUGUUCCUUGAACUAUAAACAUCAAAAUAUGUUCAUUUCAAUCAUUAAGUAUCGAAAUAUGUACAUUUCAACCAUAAAUAUUGAAAAAUGAAAAUUUUAACCGAAACAAUUUUUUUAUGAAUCCAUUUUUUUUUCAAACGCUUAUCUUUGUCUAACAUUGAAUUUUAGUAAAACAACUUGUCUACGGCGUAACAUUUCGUUAUUGAUUCUUACCAAUCAAAAAACCUUAUUUAUUUUAAAAAAAAUUUUGUUUGUUUGUUUUUUUUAUAUUUAUUUUUUUUUUUUACAUUCACGUUCACAUCAAAACCUUUAAAUAUAUUUAUUAGAAUUAAUUUCCUUGACCCUAUGUCAAGGGUAUGAGAAUCACUAUUAUUAAGUGUAGAUCACUGUUGUUAUGUUUGGAAUGUAAAAGAUGUUUAGUGUAGAGAUUACGUGUGUGGCUGUGUCUAUUGUUUGAGAUGUCUGUGACGUAUUUGGGUAGGGGGAAAUGACGUGUCAGUUUUGUUUUUGUUGUACUGGAUAGAUGACGUACCAUAUUGACUGUUGAACUCGUGUGUGGCCUGGUGUUGUGCUGGAACGUCUGGACUAUCAGUCGUAAAUUAUAUCACAGCAAUUGUUUAAGGAAUUGUUGGUGAAUAAACUUAUAGCGUGCAACAAACUGGUUGGUGUUUUGGUGUAUUGGUAUCACUUGCUGUCAGUUACAAUUGCCCGUCCGAUGAAGUUUAAGACAAUAUCUAAACAAGUAGACAUCUAUCAUCAAGGGUAGAUGAGCACAACACAGCAAUUUCUACAUCUCGUAUUUUCCCAUUUCUCCCAAUGUUAUUUUCAAGUCUCCACUUGUUGUGACGUCUUCGUAUGUUAUUGACUAGUAAUAUAACAACCUUCAACCCUUCCCCUUCUCCUCCGCUCGCAACAUGUACAAAUUUAAAGAUAGGUUAGGCAGAGUUUGUACAGAAUAAACCAAUUUGGCUCUAUCAUCUGAUUAAUGGUUGACAUUCCUGCCGUUCCAUAACACAAAAUCUGAGAAAAACUUUAUUCAUGUUCACCUUAUCACUAUCGAUCAGUAAAGAGCAAUACUUACUGUCAAAUGAAAAAAUAUAUUCUCUCUCUUUACAGGAAUCUAUUUCAAAACCCAGAUCAGCCAGGUCCGAAAACAGCCAUCUCAGACAACCCCAAUGAUGAUAAAACAUCGUUGGGUUCUGCUAUCACUGACCGGUUCACCCAAGUGACACCGGAUGCAGUGCUAGAUCAGCAUGAUGAUCUACAUUCAGAGCCAAUGUCAAGAACUGAACUCGUCUACUUGGCGGCUCAGAAAACUCCUGGCCAAGAGUUGAUUGACCGUUCCGAUAUCAUGUCAGGCAUCUCUCGCGUCAAUUCGGAACAUCAAGGAAGCGGAAGGCGUUCAAAACUAAUUUGAUACAAUACAUCAAAACUUACCACACCAGAGCUAACCACCCAGAACUUACCACACCAGAGCUAACCACCCAGAACUUACCACACCAGAGCUAACCACCCAGAACUUACCACACCAGAGCUAACCACCCAGAACUUACCACACCAGAAAUUACCACACCAGAACUUCCCACCUGAUAACUUUACCACACCAUAACUUUCUACUCGAUAACUUAGCACACGAUAACUUACCACACCAGAACGUAACACAUCAGAACUGAAACUUACAUUUAAAUGAACAAUUGUCAUCGAUUGGUAUACCGUACUAAAUGUCUUUAUUUCACAUGACACAUCUAACAGAGGUACCGACGGUUCAAAUUGAAACACAUUUUUUUUUUCUUUUUUGGAAUAUAACAUUUUCUCUACAACACAUACACUGGAGGUGGUAAAAUAUUUACUAUUCAACACAUACACCUCGAGAUCAGGGAUAGUCCUAUUGGAAAUGAGGGCUGAGCAGAGUACUGACACGCA